AUGGCACCCACUCUCAAUCGAAUCAACGGGCUCAAGGCGGACCGUAAGGACUCCAACCCUAUGGCUCCGGCCUUUAUGGUGUCAGCCCCGGGCAAGGUCAUUGUCUUUGGAGAGCACUCCGUGGUCUAUGGCAGGGCAGCAAUCGCGGCGGCCAUCUCUCUACGCUCCUACCUUCACGUAACCACCUUGUCCAAGUCGAAGCGAACAAUCACUCUGCGAUUCCCUGACAUUGGCUUCGUCCACACGUGGAACAUUGACGACCUGCCAUGGUCCAUGUUUCAGAAACCCGGCAAGAAGAAGUCCUACUACGAUCUUGUCACCGAGCUCGACCCCGACCUCGUGGACGCCCUAGAACCACACAUCUCCGUCGUGUCCCCUGACAGCCCUGAAGAGCUCCGAAAAGUCCACGAACGCUCCGCCUCCGCCUUCCUCUACCUCUUCCUCUCCCUCGGAUCCAAGUCCUUCCCAGCAUGCCUCUACACACUCCGAUCGACGAUCCCGAUCGGCGCUGGCCUGGGCAGCAGCGCAUCCAUAUCCGUCUGCCUUUCCGCCGCCCUCCUGCUCCAGGUCAGGACCCUGGCCGGCCCGCACCCCGAUCAGCCGUCCGAGGAGGCGCGCCUCCAGGUCGAGCGCAUCAACCGCUGGGCCUUCGUGUCCGAGAUGUGCAUCCACGGCAACCCCUCCGGCAUUGACAACACCGUCGCGACCCAGGGCAAGGCCGUCUUCUUCCAGCGCACAGACUACGACAAGCCCCCCUCCGUCCGCCCCCUCUGGGACUUCCCCGAGCUGCCCCUCCUGCUGGUCGACACCAAGCAGGCCAAGUCGACGGCCUUCGAGGUCGCCAAGGUCGGCACCCUCAACAAGACCCACCCGGACCUCGUCGGCUCCAUCCUGGACGCCAUGGGUAAGGUGACGACAACCGUCGCCGAUCUGAUCGAGGAGGAGGACUUUGACGCCACCGACGAGGAGGACCUGAGGCGCGUGGGUGAGCUCAUGACCAUCAACCACGGGCUCCUGGUAUCGCUCGGCGUGUCCCACCCCAGGCUGGAGAGGAUCCGCGAGCUCGUCGACCACGAGGGCAUAGGGUGGACCAAGCUGACCGGCGCCGGUGGCGGCGGCUGCUCGAUUACGCUCCUGCGGCCGGAGCUGCCGAGCGAGCGGCUCAGCAAGCUCGAGGCCCAGCUCGAGGAGGAGAACUACCAAAAGUUCGAGACCACGCUGGGCGGCGACGGCGUGGGCGUGCUCUGGCCCGCCGUCCUCAAGAACGGUACUGAGGAGGACGAGCAGGGCGGCAUGGAGAUCGAUCUAGAGAAGUUCCUCAACGCCGAGGGUACGGAGGGGGUGGAGCGGCUGGUGGGGGUGCACGGUCAUGGUGGCGAACGUGAAGGCUGGAAGUUCUGGCGUGUGGAGAGUCGCAUAUAG